UCCCACUGAUGUCUACGAAUCGAGUGAUUUGAGAGCACAAUUUAGGGUUUGCUGCGCACUGGAUCGAGUUCAUGGGCUUCCGUUCCGUUCAGGCCUCGCCUCUCCCUCUGAUCACCGCCUUUCCUCCUAGUCUCCCUCGUUAUGACGCGCCAUAGCCAACGGUUCAAAACUGAUUGUUUCCGCCCACAAGCCCUAAGGGCGGAACAACGGGAGAGGACUUAGCGCCGUCUGUUCUGAUAUUUAUUUUUCCGUCAGGAGGCAACAUCCUUGCCCCCUGUCGAGCCGGUCUGAUGGACACCUCCGUUCCCCCCGACUCCUCCGCGCCUCCGCCCGUCGCGCGGCUACCAGCAGCCCGCCGCUACCUCCGCCGCAUGCGCCCCGCCGACAAGCAGCGCCAGCAGCAGCAACCAAUAGCCGCUGCAGGCGCUAGCUCUUCCCCUUUCGCCGCCGUCGCCGCCUCGCUGUCGCAAUCAUCACCCACUCCCAGCCGCUUUAAUCCCUUCGCCAGCGUGACCGCGUCUCGCAAAGUCGCCCCUGUUAUCACCCUCGAAAGUAUCAGCUUCGGUGACAGCACAACAGCAGCGAACCCUUUCUCGCUCCCGCACGCCUCUGUCUUUCCAUCUGUGGGCCGCCCAGCGUCAUUCCAUGCUGCCGCGCCGAUUUUUACCGCAGGAACAGGUUCGUCGCGAGGAGACGUCGCACGCCCUGCGACACCUCUGACUCCCUUGACGACCUUCCUGGCGAAUUCUUCGGCGGCUGCGGCUGCGAAUCCUGCUCGCGACAGCUGCGACGUCGCGGAAACCAGAGAGUUGUCGGUUCCAGUCGCUACAGGGAGGUCGGGGGAAGCGGAGGACGGAAACGAGAAAAUCGAGAGAAGCCGUGAAGAGGGCGUUGCGGGCACGUUAGGGAGAGGAAGCAGCAGGUGCAGACUUGGCGAAGGCGAGGACUGCGAAAUAUUCGAUCAAGACGAAAAUGGCGAAAGACCUGGCGAAAGACCUGCCGGGGAAGGUAGAAACGUUGACGCCGUUAACUGGGAGGGUACAUUCGAUGAAGGUAGAAGCGGAGAAGGCAGAUUCGGUGAAGGUGUGUACCGCGAAGCAAGAAUCGGCGAGUGUGGGACACGACUAGGCGAGGAGGGUAGGGACGGGAGGCAUGCGGGGGAGGAGGAGAGACAAGAAGGCGACGGGGACGAGGGGGGAGGGCACGGGCGGCGAGAGCUGGAGAAAGGCGAGGACGAACACGCAGAGGAGGACGCGAUAGAGGAUAUCUCGCUACAAGGGAACUCGGUAGAGGACGAAGAGGAGGAAAGCGCGGGGAGCGAGGGGUGCGAGGGGAGUGAGGGGAGCGAGGGGUGCGAGGGGAGUGAGGGGAGCGAGGAGAGCGAAGGGGGAGACGAGGGGGAGGAGGACGACACUGCGAGCGACGCGUCGUCCGAUCCCCCGAGAGCCCCCUCCCCGUCGCCCCCCCCGAACCUCAACCCCCUCGCGCUGCUCGCGCUCUCCCACGCGCCCUUCCCCUCCGCGUCGUCCAUCACCAGCACCACCGCCACCACCUUUUCCGGCGGCACCAGCCCCACGCUCUCCUCCGCCGCCGCCGCUUCCUCCCGCUCCGCCGUCUCCCCGCCCACCUCCCCCUCCGCGCCCUCCCCUUUCUCCGCCUUCUCCAUCGCCCCGCCCCACGCCUCCCACCCGAUUCCCCACCCCCGCCCGCCGUCGUCCGCCGUUGUUAACAUGGCUUCGCUAACGGCUUCGCAGAAGUUCGCCAAGUUGCUUCAGCAGCUCGCGAAGCAGUCCGCGGAACUGUCGGAGCUGCGCGGGGAGCUGGCGGACGCAAAGGCGGAAGUGGCGGAAAUGCAGGCGGUAGUGGCGCAGGCGGGGCUGGAUUUCGUGCGCGAGCGCAUGGAAAAGGAGCGCUUGGGGCAGGCUUGCGCAAAGCUCAACAACGCGCUGCUCACCUCCCGCCGCGAGACCUCCGACGAGCGCGAGCGGCGCGAGCUGGCGGAGCGGCUGGCGGUCGCGGCGGAACUCGCGCGGCGGCAGCUGCUGGAGGAGAUCACGCUGGAGCGCGCGCAAUUGGCGCGCGCGGACAACUGGCGCGAGCACAACCUGCAUUUAAAGCUCGUGGAGGCGCAGAUGGUGGUUUCCGAGAAGGUGGGCAUUCUCGAAGUGGUGCACGCGGAGCUGGAGAAGAAGUUCCGCCAGGUGGGCGCGGGGAGGCUGUGGCGCGGGGAGGAGGAGCGCCCGUUCGGAUGGUUUCUGAAGUUUCUCGGGCAGCCCGAAGGCAAGGCGUGGGUUGUUGAGGGGCUGGGGGGGGGAGGAGGGGGGGAGGGCGGGAUGGGGGAUAGGGGGAAGGGGAAAGUAGAGGACGGGGGUGGUAGCGCGGGUACUGGCGGGGAUGGUGCUCUAAGGGAUACUGGUUCUUCUAGCGGAGCUGCUUCAAACGCGGCUGGUGCUCAGGAUGCGGAGCACAGGGGUGAUAGUGAUAGCGCUAGAGGCAGUACCGAGAGUGACUGUGACGAGGACGACAAUGACAGGAUUGGCAGUAGCUCUGACUCGCUCUCCGAGGCUGUCCCGCUGGUCGGGGGCGGCGGAGACGAGCUUCGGAUUCCAAAGCUGCGGGACAGGUCCGGGAAUGCGGGUGGCAGCAGCAGCAGUGCGCGGAUUCCAGGGCGGGGGGGAGGCAGCAGGUGCAGGUGGCGGGGCGAUCGGCUAUUGGACGCGGAAGAGCCCACGUGGCAGGGAGGAUAUCACGGCUGUAGCGCGUGCGGGCAUGGCAGGGCGUCGGCUGUAGCAGCAGCUGCAGCAGGGAUGUGCAGCUUUUGUAGCAGCUGUGGCGGAAGAGGCACUAGGAGUAGGGCUAGUGGGGUGGGCGGGAAUGGAGGCAACGGUGUUGAGUCACUGAGUUUAGAUGGGUGGCUGGGUUUGUCCGCACUUGAACAGUGGUGUGCUACAGCAGCAGCAGUCACUGUGGCAUCAGUGAACAGUGUUUGUGGCGGGGAACAGGCAGCAGCAGGCGGAGCAGCAGGGAGACGUGAGGGUAUCGCCCUCUCAGGCAUGCGGUUACCCUUUUCGUCGUGCUUUGACUCGCAAUACACGCUGUCAGCCACGCACGACAAUAUAGAUGACGACGCUGACGAGGCUGGAGCAGGCGCCAGGAACGGCAGAGCAGCCGAACCAAGGCAGUGUGGCUGCUUGCACCGGAGCAGGCUCGGGCCGAGCCAAAGCGGCAGCAAUAGAGGCUGUUCUGUGGAGAUGGGGGAGUGUGGGGUUGAGGAGAGUGGGGAGCGGCGGGGCAAGGGGAAGGCACCGGCAGCUCUGCUGCCACCCCGGCCUCAGAGGGUAGCCAGAGGAGAGGGGGGUACGGGGGGGGAGAGGGGUUGCGGAGGAGGGGAGUACUGCCGCUGCUGUGGGCGCUGCUGUCGGUGCCCCAGUGGCAAUAGAAUGAGGUAGUAGAGCAGCUGGGCCGCGAGUAGCCUUCGUUGCUAUGAGGAUGCAAGGUACAGGGUUUGGGGUUUGGGCUUGCGGAUGUUGUCGAGUGAUGUUGAAUGUGGUGAAGCACGGGGAAAGUCUUCUGCCCGUGUCACGGAAGGGGUUGGUUGGAGGAGGAAGGGGUGCUGGGGGAGUGGAAGGGGGGGUGGGGAGAGGAAGAGUCGGAAGUGGGGAAGGAUAGACGGGCCGGGAGUGAGGGGAAGGGCAGGGGAGGGGGAAGGGGGCACCAACCAGCUUGUCGCAAAAUCUAUUCAUGUACACAUGGACAAGCAAGGCACCUUUCCAAAUUUGAGGGGUUUUGGCGUGUAUGUUUUAGACACAUGUGUUGUGCAUUGAAGUAAACCACACGCUUAGGGUGGUGGUCUAUGUUAUGAAUUAUAACUCAGCGCACAAUACUAAAAGGAAAAGUGAUUACAGAAUGACGAUAGAAAUGAGGCAUAGGGCUUAUAUAAUGCGAGCUGACUAUGUUGAAUGUCGAGGGGGAAUGGACAUGCCGCCGAGAGGGCGGGGGCCGCUGCACCAGCCUCUGACGUUCAAGCCGCCGCUGCCGCCGCUGUUGCCGCGGGCCGGGCGCCGCCGCACGCCGCCGCCGCCGCCGCUGUCGUCACUGUCGCUGCUGCCGCCAUAGCCAUCCCGCGGGCCGUGGGAUCUGCCCACUUCCGGAGUCGUUUCGGUUCCUGCUGGG